AAUUGCGCUAAUUUCUCCCAGUUUGUGAGCGAGUCGCAGUUGAAAAGAUGUCAGAGAUCGCGAUACGCGCCCUAAGGGUGGAGGACUACCCGGAGGUGGAGGCCUUUCUGGCCGAGCACUUCUUCAAGCACGAGCCACUGAUGCUCAUACCCCAGGAGGACCCGUCCCAGGCCGCCGUCAUACCGACCGAGUCAGAGCUGCAUCACCAGCUGCUCCAGCAGGGCCUCUCCCUGGCAGCCGUCGACAAUGCUGGACGCAUUGUGGGAGUAACCCUAAAUGGGGCCAUGGAGCCCUCAGACCUCGAGCGGGAGUACAAGGAAGCACAUGAGAAGCCAGUCUCAUGUCUGCUGGACAAGAUUCAUAAGCUCCUGGCCGGAAUCGAGUGGCGGGCGAAUGUCUUCAAGCACUACGGGGUGGAGCGGGUCCUCUACCUCUACAUGCUGGGGGUGAGCACCACAGUGCGCCGCCAGGGCGUGGGCUCCCGCCUAGUGGCCGCCACCAUUGAACUGGGCCGCACCCAUGGAUUUCCCGUCGUCUGCUCCACCUGCACUAACCUCAACUCCACACGCCUGAUGACCGCCCUGCAAAUGGAGUGCGUCCUGGCUCAGGAGUAUGCGGAGUACAAGGACGAGCGGGGAGAGGUUAUCCUCCAGCCGGCGGCUCCCCACACAAAGGCCAGUGUGGUGGGUAUUCGACUCUAAAGGGAUUCCCCCGAAAGCCAAAAAGCCUGAAUUAAGAUUAGUUAGUUAAAGUGUAUGUGGAAUAGUCACUAAGAAGAGUUUAAAUUUUAAAGUAAAUCAUGGUUUAAAAGUUGAUAUUCUGUAUUGUUUGUAUCUUAAUUGGUUUUAUAUUGAGUUUAUUGCCGGCGCGAUACGAGUAUCUUUGAAGUACUCACAUGCGUGCUUUUUAUUGCCUUUUUUAUUUUUCAUAUCUCACUCUCUCACAAAAACCUUGAAAUGGCUAUGAUUACGUUACGGAAAUGUUUAUUUUCUGUUUGCUCUAUAGAAUGUUAUGUCUAUAUAUUCAUAUUAUGGCAUAUUGGUCCAGAUUCUAGAAAGCUUUUUGUUGACAAACACGACAGUGGUUUAAAGCUUAUUUAAAUGAUAAAUAAAACCAGAAGAAAUGAGGUUCCUAACUAUACGAUACCCAGAACUUUGAACUCUAAAAACUCUCAAUAAAGCUCACUAACCAUAACAACAACGUUGAAAAUACCCCAAAAGUUGUAAAACUACAUUGCAUAGAUUUAAGCUGUUGACAUUCGAAAAUUUUAAUAAAGUGAAAAUAGUUUCCGGAAA